AAAAAUGAAGGCUAGCCAACGAUUAUGUACUGCAUUUAUUCAACAAUAUACUGGUGCUAGCAGUUCGAUAGAAAGACCGUUAGCUUAUUAUAGCCAAUUUCGCCCAGCUUCCCUUACAAUGAAGCAAUAUUUGGAUUUCGGCCGUAAUGGGACUGACCAAUCCUCUUAUCUCUUCCUCAAGACUGAACUGCUUGUAAGGAUGGCUAACAUCAUGCAAGAGCUUAACUUAUUACCUUCUAAGCUUUUACAAACACAAAGUGGCCAACAUGUUUCCAAUUUGUAUAAACAAAGCUUCUGCGAACUUCUCCAAUUUGAAGGGAUCAACCCCAGCACCUCUGUCCUCCAAAAAUUUAAAAGCCAACUACGCUCAAUUCUCAGACGACACAAUACCGUCGUUGAAACAAUGGCUGAAGCUUUAAUUGAAUUAAAACAAAGCAGAGGUAUGGACUUCUCCUGUGAGCAGAAUAUACAAUAUUUCCUCGACCGUUUCUACCUCAAUCGAAUAUCCAUUCGAAUGCUUCAAAACCAACACUUGGCCAUUUUUGGUGAAGGCCAAAGACCUGUUGAUCCGGCUGGACAUGUUGGACAUAUAGACCCUAAUUGCUGUGUUAGAGACAUUCUAAUAGACGCCUAUGAGAACGCCCUUAUUCUUUCUGAACAACACUUUUGUGCUGCCCCUUCAUUAAGCUUGGAAUGCUUCAACUCUAAAAAUCCAGGACAAGAAAUACGAGUUCCUUUAGUGCCCUUACAUCUUUAUUAUAUUGUUUUUGAAUUACUUAAGAAUUCAAUGCGUGCGACAAUAGAACACUUUUACCGGACAAAUAAAGGAAAUAAAAUUAUCAAUGACGAAUUGCCUGCUAUAAGAGCACAGUUGGUUUUGGGCCCAGAAAAUUUGUCUAUUAAGGUAUUUAUGGAGGCGUAUCCCAAUAAAAAUUCAAAUAAAUAUUUUUAUCAGAUAAGUGAUAGAGGUGGUGGUGUUCCAGCAGAAAAGCUCGAUCAUCUAUUUCGUUACUCAUACAGUACAGCACCUAAACCUACAUCUCAGAAAGAUGUUACUCCCUUUGCUGGUUAUGGCUAUGGAUUGCCUAUUUCCCGGCUUUAUGCUCGUUAUUUCCUCGGUGAUCUUUCAUUAAUUUCUAUGGACGGGUAUGGAACUGAUGCAUUGAUCUCUUUAAAGGCAAUACCCUCAGAAGCUUGUGAAUUACUCCCUGUAUUUGGCGCUUCUUCUCGCCGUUUAAUCACUAUGGGGAAUCAAGCACCCGAUUAUUGUUUCCAGACAUUUGGGGGAAAUAAUAAUAAAACAGCAGAAGGAGAAAGGAAAUGGGGAGAAUUGUUAAUUUCAAAAAAAGAGGAAAACAAUAAAGGAAUUAUUGAAAAUUUGAGGGAAAAUAAUACUAGAAGAGCAUUAAUUCAAUAACAAAAAAUUAAUUGUAAAGAAUUGUGUAAAUAUUUAUUUUUAAUUUUUGUUCAUAAAUAAACAAAGUAAUGUUAUACCUUAUAUUUUAGUAACAGAAUUAUAAAUCAGAAUUUAAUAUAUCAGAAUAAAAAUCAGAAUCCCUGGAAAAAAAUUGUUCAGAACAUGAAAACCAGAAUUAUAAAACCAGAAGAAAAUCAGAACACCAAAAAAAAAUCAGAACUGCAUCAGAAUCCUUUCAAAUCUCUUUUUUCUCUUCAUAUAGUAAUCAUAAAGUAAUGAGCAUUUGGAUACAACACAUUGUUUAAUAGCCAAGUAGUUGGUGUGUAUUUGUAAAAUUGGUCGAGAAUCCUCUGAUAUUUUAUAGAAAAUUUUAAUUAGAGUAUAAUAUUUAUUAAAAUGUC